AUGCCGACCAAGUCGCUCACUUUGAUCCUCGCCGCCACGCCCUCGCUCGGCAUCGGAAAUGCCGGUGGGCUCCCGUGGCCGCAGCUGCGCAAGGAAAUGGGCUACUUUGCGCGCGUCACGAAGCGCGUUUCACGCCCGAGCACCGGCAAAGGCGCCGCGGCUGGCACAAUGCCAGGGCAGAGGCGAGUAAAUGCCGUGGUCAUGGGGCGGAAGACGUGGGACUCUAUACCGGCGAAGUUCCGGCCGCUGAAGGGGAGGGUCAAUGUCGUGAUUACACGGAGCGUUGAGGGGCUCCAGUCACAACUACGCGAGACAGAGGACGGGGGAAGGAUCGAUGAUGCGGAGAGGCCGCUUGUUGCUGGCAGCGUCGCGGAUGCACUGAGUCUGUUACAGAGCGAGAGCGUUGGUGCCGAGGUCGAUAAGGUCAUGGUCAUUGGCGGCGCGAGCAUAUAUGAGCAAGCGCUUAGAUUGCAAGAGGCGAGGCAUGUGCUUCUUACGAAGAUUCAGGAAGAGUACGAGUGCGAUACUUUCUUCUCGGAGGAUCUGCAGAGUGGGGAGUGGGCAAAGGCUAGCCUGCAGGAGCUCAAAGAGUUCACAGGGGAAGAGUUUGAGGAUGGUGUGGAGGUUGAGGAGAAGGGGGUGAAGUUUGAGUUCUGCUUGUAUAACAGGGUGGAUUGA